AAUUUGGUGACGUAGGAGAUUCCGUGGUGCCCACUGUCGUAGGCAAUAACGGAUUGCUUGAGUAUAUAUGGGACGCUGGGAGCCAUCCACCGGUACUCUCUCAGUCGCUCCGACUCGGGAACCAGGGCAUCAGCGGAGAUAGCAGGCUUUACUUCGCCCUUUCAGGCUAACUCGCUUUGGGCUUUGGUUCAGGAUGGAAACCUCUUCGAUUUUUCGGAGCCGACGAAGCUCCAUCAUACGCAACUGCAAAAGCGGUGUCUCCUUCUUCUUGGUGGUGUGGCUGGUCCUCGGUAAACCAAGUCCGGUGUCGGCGUGCCCGCACUUGUGCGUGUGCUACCCGUCUCCGAUGACUGUGAGCUGCCAGGCGCAGAACUUCACCGCCGUGCCGGUCGGAGUGCCCUAUGAGUCGCAGCGCGUAUUUCUCCAGAACAACCGCAUCACGGAGCUCAGAGUUGGCUCUUUCGGCUUCGGGACUCAGGUCCUGUGGCUGUUCUCCAAUAACAUCACGUGGAUUGAGGCUGGGGCAUUUAGUGAGCUGAGGGACUUGGAGGAGUUGGACCUGGGGGAUAAUCCAAGCCUUCACAGGCUGGAAGGAGAGGCCUUCCGCGGCCUAGAGAAGCUCCAGAGCCUCCACAUGCACCGCUGCCGGCUCACGGCCCUGCCACAUGACAUAUUCCACAAACUCUACAGCCUGCAGUUCCUCUACCUGCAGGAGAACAACAUCCACUUUCUGCAGGAUGACAUCUUUUCUGACCUCAUCAACCUAAGUCAGCUGUUCCUGCACGGCAAUCGCAUCCGCACCCUGUCAGAGAACGUGUUCCGCGGCCUCGUCAACCUCGACCGCCUGCUCCUCCACGAUAACCGCAUCAAGCAGGUCAACCGCCGUGCUUUCCGAGACCUCGGCCGCCUGACCAUGCUCUUUCUCUUCAACAACUCCUUGGCUGAGCUGCCCAGCCAGACCUUGAGGGACACCCAGGGCAUCCAGUUCCUCCGUCUCAAUGCCAACCCAUGGUCCUGCGGCUGCGAGGCCCGCGCCCUGUGGGAGUGGUUCCGCGAGGCACGUGUCUCUUCCUCUGAAGUUAUUUGUGCCUCGCCUUCCACCCGCCGCGGUCAGGACCUCCGCUUUCUCCGGGAAAUGGACUUCGCUCUCUGCCCCUUGCCUGACCCAGGCUCCAUUGCUGGCUCCACCACCACCACCUUCAGCACCAAAACCCGCUGGUGGAUCUCCAAGAACAAGCCCCAGUCGUCCACCAAAGGCGUCUUUGAGAAAUCCUCAGAGACCGUCAAGGCUGGUUUGUACGGGAAGGGCCCAUCCACGACCACCUCAGUUGUGAAGUACGAGUUGGGGGAGGAGGAGCUGGCGUUGCCCAAACUUGACCCAGAAGAGUAUUGGCUAAACUACGGCAACGAGGACUCAGGUGUCACUCUCCGCUGCUUUGAGCUCGAAUGUCCACCUGAGUUUGACCUGACUCCAUCUUCGUCCUCUCCCUCAAACUCCUCCCCCUCCUUCCUCUCACUCCUUGCUCUCUCUGUUUUCAGCAUCUCCCUCAACUUCCACCAGCUGAUUGGUUGAAUCAGACUCUGAAUGACACACCCUUUCCCCUCCAGCCUGUUUUAAAGGCUGCGAGGAUCCCUGUUAGACUCUCUACACCCCCUUUGCCCACUCUGCUGUAAACCAUUAAUCAAGGCACAGCAAGGGAGAUGGGGGGAUGGUUCGAUUUUGAAUCUAACACCUACAGGGCUUAACUCUUUUCAGGGCUGAUAGGAGUUUUUGAGCUAAAGGUCAAAUAUCUACUCUGCAGGUUUGGCUUUCUGUGUCUUACCUGUACGAUGUCACGUCAUGGUCACCCAUGAUUCCCUGCUAUCAGGGUUACGAGGGCUGAGUCCAUCAUUAAUAUCAGUGUGAUUUGAUAGCUGUUGUGAAUGAUGCUAAUUUCGUCACCUCAACUUAAAACUGCUUGUGCUGUUAAGUACAUCAAAUUGACUGGCUGCUACAAAUGCCACGAUUACUGUUAGAAUCCGUGCACAGUAAUAACUAUACCGUAACCACUUAAAGUGUCAUGUAAAUAAGUGUGCGUUAUGUGUUCCACCUGAUAUCACUGCCCAGUCGCCGUAUGACUAUGAUCCAGAAUAACUGUGAGGGCGAGUGCUUGUACCGGGCAGAGCACAAAGAGUUUACAACGACCGAAAAAAACAACCAGAAUGCAAAACUGUGAAGCUGUGAGGGAGAAGGCGAAAGAAGGGUUUGA